AUGCCAGAGGUCCCUCAGAACAUGCAACAGGACCUCCAACGGCUUGAACAAACAUCGGCCGAACUCGACGCGACCGAGCACCGCUCUGCCGGAGCUGCCUCGACAAACACCUCCAACGCCGCCGCAAACAAGAACGGCGGCAGUGGCCCCGACACGCCCGCCACCCACACCCAGGUGCCGCGCAUCCAAGAGCCCGCUGCGGCCGAGUUCAAACCCUUCGAGGACAGCCACACCAAGUCGUACGACAAGAUGGCGGGCCAGGGUGACACCUUCGACGCCCCCAGCUUCUCGCCCUUCCCCAAGGUCACGGGCGAGAACAUACCCAUGGGCGACGAGGACAAGGAGGAGAUACUGUUCGACGCCCGCCAGCACGUCCUGCACUCCAACAAUGUCGCCAUGCAGCUGGCGUGGGCCCGCGACUCGCUCGCCUGGGUCGACAUCGCCGCCGAGGCCUGGCAGCGCGAGAACCCGGGAGCCGACCGCCCCAGCACCCCCAAGGUCGAGCACGAGCUGCGCAAGGACGCCGUCAACAUCGUCACGUACCUGUCGGAGCAGGGCCACCCCGAGGCCCUUUUCAUGCGCGCCAAGUGGCUCGAGUUUGGCAAGUUCGGCCAGCGUGCCGACAAGCGCGAGGCCUUCCUGGGCUACCGCAAGGCCGCCGAGCAGGGCUGGGGCCGCGCCGAGUACCGCAUUGGCAUGCUGUACGAGAACUCCAACGACAUGGAGAAGGCCAUCCGCCACUACACAAACGGCAUGGAGCAGGGCGACUCGGCCGCCUCGUACCGCCUGGGCAUGAUGAGCCUCCUUGGCCAGCACGGCUACACCAUGGACUACCGCCGCGGCCUUGAUCUGAUCCAAGUGGCGGCCGACAGCGCCGACGAGGACGCCCCCCAGGGCGCCUACGUCUACGGCAUGCUCAUCGCCCGCGACCUGCCCGACCUCAACAUCCCCGAGGGCCUGCUGCCCUCCAACCUGGCCCUCGCCCGCCAGUACGUCGAAAAGGCGGCCUUCCUCGGCUUUGCCAAGGCCCAGUCCAAGAUGGGCCAGGCCUACGAGCUCUGCCAGCUGAGCUGCGACUUCAACCCCGCCUACUCGCUGCACUACUACGGCCUGGCCGCCAAGCAGGGCCAGCCCGAGGCCGCCCUCGGCGUCAGCCGCUGGUUCCUAUUUGGCUACGACAAGAUGUUUGUCAAGAACGAGCAGCUCGCGUUCCAGUACGCCAAGCGCGCCGCCGAUGCCAAGCUCGCUACGGGCGAGUUUGCUAUGGGCUACUACUACGAGAUUGGCAUCCACGUGCGCAAGGACCUGCGCGAGGCCCGCCGCUGGUAUGAGACGGCGGCCGAGAACGGCAACAAGGACGCCCUGCAGCGGCUCGACUCGCUGAGCAACUCCAAGACGCUUACCAAGGAGGACCACGAGACGACGACGCUGACGCGCAUCAAGUCGCAGCACGGCUCCCAGCGCGGCAAGCGCCCGGACCGCUUCAAGCAGAAGGAGGCGGCCAUGCCGUCAGUGGCCGAGACGGGCUCGGGCUCGGCCACGCCCAUCGAGAGGGGAGGCAGCCCCAACGGCGGCGGCCUGGACAUGCCGGACCCGUCGAGGCUGUCGCUCAGCAGCAACAGCAGCGGACGCCCGCCAGCCUUUGGUGUCAACCUGCCGCCUCGGUCGAGCUCGGCCGCCCCCUACCCGGUUGACGACAGGCCACCCCAGGUCGGCGGCCUGCGGCCCCAGUCGGCGGCCCCGUACCCGGAGGACGACGUGGCCCACGCGCUGGCUCCUGUGUCGCCGCACUACAACCCCCAGAUCCGAGGCAACGCGGGCGGCGGCAGAGGCGGUGCCAACCCGGGCUACGGCGCACCACCCCUCAGCCCCAGCGGCAGGCCAGACUCGCACCAGCAAUACCCCCCACAGGGAGGUGCCGGCAUGAGGCAGUCUCACUCGCACGGAUCCGGCCUCGCCGCCGUGCAGCCAGCCGGACAGUCGGCUAAGAGCCGCGUUGUGUCGGAAGGCCCGGGAGGAUUUGCAGGCUGGGACGCCCAAGGGCCGGGCGGCUACCGGCAGUCCCCCGCCGGUCCCGGAUACGAACAGCAGCAAGGGGCACCGAUGAUGAGCGGUGCCGGCGGACCGGCGGACCCGACACGCAACCGACUGACCAAGCAGGGCGUCCCGCAGCCGCUGCCGGCUCAGGGGGCUUACAACCAGCGGCCUGGCGGUGGUGGGUAUCCGUCAUCGCACAUUGCGGGUGCGGGGCAGCCUGGACGCGACUAUGGACCUCGAUCGUCGUCGGCGCGGCCGCCGUCGGAGCAGUACGACCCGCGCUACGCGCCCAAUGCCAGGCCGCAGUCGAUGCGGCCGGAGCGUCUCGACUCGCUGCCGCAGCAGAACCGCAUGUCUACGGCCGGUCACCAGCCUCAGCAGCUCAAGGACAGGCCGGCCCCCCUGGACCAUGGUCGACAGAGCGCACCGCCCGUGCAGGGUGGACCAGGUGCUCGGCCGAGCCCGGGGCCGAGUCCUGGACCCAGCCCCGGGCCUGGCUCGGCGGCUUCUGGCAGAAAGCCCGUGGCCGGUAGUAACCAGUCGCAAAAGGGCCAAGGCCCAUCCACGUUUGAGGAGAUGGGUAUUCCCCAGGGCAAGAACGAGUCCGACUGUGUUGUCAUGUGA